CCAACUUUAAGAAGUCUUCCUGUAUGCACAUGAAUUUGUAUUACAGCCACUAAAGGAAGAAGGGAUAGAGCUAAUGCAAAAUGCGAGGUUGAUUUUGAAAUGUGUUUUGUUUAGAGGAGAAACAGAGAGAGAGAGCGAGAGAGAGAGAGAGAGAGAGAGAGAGAGAGAGAGAGAGAGGAAGUCUGCAAUCGGCACUUAUUUAACAGCUCACCAGUGUCUACCAGAACAUCUUUUCAGUCUUCAAGAACACCGCGAAGAAAAACAGACAAAAACCAGGAGAUACAUUAUAUUAUUGUACACCUUUGUGGGACAAAUGAGGAACAUGAUAAAACACGCAAUAUCAGACUUCUUUUUUGAAUAUGAGACUCCUCGUCAGGUUCUGGUCAAAAACAGAAGAGUUGGGAUUGUGUGUAGAAUCAUCCAGAUGGGUGUUUUAGCCUACAUCAUAGGGUGGGUGUUCAUGUAUGAGAAAGGCUACCAGAUAGUGGAUGUUGCCAUGGGCUCUAUAUUAACAAAGAUGAAGGGACUGGCUUUCACGAAUAUCAGUGGAGAUGAGAGGAUCUGGGAUGUAGCAGAUUAUGUUUUUCCAGAACAGGGUGAUGCGUCUUUCGUUGUGAUGACAAAUUUCAUUGAUACUGUGGGACAAACACAGGGCAAGUGUCCUGAGGUGUCAGAUGGGAAGAACACGUGCAACUCGGACGCAGACUGUGAUGUGGGCAAAUACAAACGUACGGGAAAUGGGUUCAUGACGGGCAAGUGUGUGAACAGCACCAAAACUUGCGAGAUCUACUCCUGGUGUCCUAUUGAAGAUGACCGUGUAAUACCAGAACCUCCAGUAUUGGAGGCAGCAGAAAACUUCACACUGUUCAUCAAAAACUCCAUCACUUUUCGCCAGUUUCAAGUAGUCAGGAGUAACCUGGUGGAAGGUGUGGAUCAGGCGUACCUCAAUCGCUGUCAAUAUCAUCCCACUAAAGAUCCACUGUGUCCUAUCUUCAGGCUUAGAGAUAUCGUUGAGCUUUCCGGUUUUAAUUACUCAGACAUAGCUCGUUUGGGUGGCUCUAUAGGAAUACUCAUUGAGUGGGAUUGCAAUCUGGACUUCAAUAUCAGACACUGCAAACCAGAAUAUGAAUUCUUUGGUCUCUACGGAACUGGGAAAAAUGAUAAAGAGUUGAAAGCAUCACUGGGAUACAAUUUUAGAUAUGGUAAACAUUAUUUGGAGAAUAAUGUGGAGAAGAGAACAUUAAUGAAGGUGUUUGGUGUACGGAUAAACAUUGUUGUUCAUGGACGGGCAGGAAAAUUUGAUAUCAUUCCAACGCUGACGGCCAUUGGCUCAGGUGUAGGAAUCUUUGGAGUGGCAACUGUUGUGUGUGAUGUGCUCCUUCUACAUUUACUUCCAAAAAGAGAUUUCUACAAAAACAUGAAAUAUAAGCAUACAGAAAUCAAGGAAGAGGUGAUAAAAUGUCAUCGGUACUUUCCUUAUCAAUUCGAGCCCGAAUCUGAUCCGGAAAAUGAAGAUGAUCAAGCCGAUACAUCAACUUUGCCAGCGCGACUUGAGCAGGGUGUAAAAAAUUGAAGCCAACAUUACCCACGGUACAGACAGAAAAAGAGAAACCAAAGGAGUGAAGAGAGAGAGAGAGAGGCUGCCAUGACUACUGCACUGAAAUGAACAUUGAAUAUUUCACUGGGUGAAUAUUUCACUAGCGAGAAACUUGGAACUGCAGAGGGAAACAAUAUUAUGAGGUGUGGGAAGGCUUAUUGUUCUUUAUGGGAGGGGUCUUAAAGGUUUUUCAAAGUUUUCCACAACAAAAUAUCUACAGAUCUACGGAAAGGGACAUUUCUAAACAUUAUAUCAACAUGUAAAUUGUUACUGUUAAGCCGAUAGUUGUUACUGUAGUUAGGUGUUUAUAUAAAUAUUUAGAUCGUCAAAAGUAGAAUUUAAAAGACAAAGCUGUGACAGGAAUGCAAGAGGUGUUUUAUUAUUUAUAUUAAUGGUGUCACAGUUUUAGCAGAUUCACACUUUUCAUUGACAUGAAAGAACGCAUCUGGGCAGAGAUACCUAGAAAACUGUAGUAAAUAUAUAAAUGCAUAUUUUAUGAUAUAUUUAGGAUAAAUCUCUUCUGCUGUUCGCAUGGGAGGUCAGUUUGUUAGAUCAAUCUUUUUUAGGACAUUAUUUAUUAAAAUCUUGAACAUGUUGAAAAUUGUUUUUUUGUACUAAGGGCCAUUUUAAAGAGUAUUGUCAAACGUUUUGUUAGCAGUUUAUUUUUAUGGAUUCAGAACAAUUUUAUCAAAUCAUAAUAAAAACAGAUGCCA